CAACUCCGUCUCCGUCUAAGUUCGUCUCCAAAACCAAUCCCCGAUUGUUGACCUGAAGCGUUUAAAUUAAAGUACUGUAAUGUUUUACUCUUUUGCGUAUUUUUUGAUGUUCUGUGGUACUAUUAGACUUACUAUUGCGCUUAUAACUUCAAAGUUGGGUAGUGACAAAAAAGUUGAAGCUUGAGAUGGAUCCGAAGUCGAGUAUUGGAAAACGGCCGAAAUAUGGGACGCGAGACGGAUAUAGUACGAUACCCAACCGAAUUUCCAUAAAAGCAGCAUGCAGAGAAGUUAGGUACCAGUGCACUUUAGGGGCAAAUGUAACAUGGCGGGUGAGGGAAGUUCUACAACUGCUUCGCGAUCGGAGAAAUUGAAGGGUGUUCUGAAUUGGAUUUGGACCUACUUGUUGGCGAUUUGGUUCUUCUUGGUUGUGUUUCUCAUCUACUUUUUCCGGACUCCGUUGAAGCUCACUGAGAAUAUGAAUUUAGUGGCUAUGUUUCUCAACACUUUGACUCCAAAGUUUUAUGUGGCUUUGACGGGAACCUCCUCACUUAUUUCGGGACUCAUCUUGAUCUUUGAGUGGUGGUACUUCCGCAAGUAUGGCACGUCGUUCAUCGAGCAGGUCUCCUUGAACCACCUGUCGCCCUGGCUAGGAGGAUCGGACAACAGCGGGAAUGGUAAUACCAAUCAGCAGUCUCCGCCAGAAUGCAAGACUUGGCGAAAUCCCCUGAAUUUAUUUCGGGGUUCGGAAUAUAACCGCUACACUUGGGUCACAGGGAAAGAUCCACUGACGUACUACGAUAUGAACCAAUCGGCACAGGAUCACCAGACGUUAUUUACCUGCGAUUCGGAUUCCAAGAGGCCAGCGGACGAAGUGAUGCUUCGAGCUUGGCGAGAGCGAAACCCACAGAACCGAAUCAAAGCAGCCCACGAAGCCCUGGAGAAAUCCCCGGAGUAAGUGUCUGUGACCAGCAAGCUGCUUGUUGUAAUGCCAGCCCUUCCCUCUGACGGUGUGGGUCGGUUUGUUUACCCUCCAAAAUUUUUGUGCAGCUGCUUGAUUCUCCUGGCGGAGGAGGAGUGCACGACAAUAGCUGAGGCCGAGCGACUGUUUCGACAGGCGCUCAAAUCAGCUGACUGUAACUUCAAGCGCAGUCAACAACUGCAGCACCACAGCCCUACGCACGAGAAAAUACACCGGAGAGAUUUGAACAUCUUAGUCUACAACAAGCGUCGUCUUGCAAUGUGUAUGCGCAAGCUUGGUCGCACAAAAGAAGCGGUCAAGAUAAUGCGUGAUCUUAUCAAAGAGUUCCCGGUCGUAAGCAUGUUCCAAAUCCACGAGAACCUGAUUGAGGCUCUCCUGGAGAUGCAGUACUAUGCAGACGUGCAGGCACUGCUGGCCAAGUAUGAUGACAUCAGCUUGCCCAAGUCUGCCACCAUCUGCUACACGGCCGCCUUGCUCAAGGCCAGGGCGGUCUGUGACAAAUUUUCUCCUGAGGUUGCUUCCAAGCGGGGCCUAACCACAGCUGAAAUGAAUGCCGUUGAAGCCAUUCACAGAGCCGUGGAGUUCAACCCCCAUGUACCAAAGUAUCUGCUGGAGCUCAAGAGCUUCAUCCUGCCUCCGGAGCACAUCCUGAAGCGGGGAGACAGCGAGGCCAUUGCCUACACCUUCUUCCACCUCCCCCACUGGAAGCGGGUGGACGGCGCCCUGCAGCUGCUCCACUGCACGUGGGAGGGCACGUUCCGGAUGAUCCCCAGCCCGCUGGAGAAGGGCCACCUGUUCUACCCUUACCCCAGCUGCACGGAAAGCGUCGACAGGGAGCUCCUACCCUCCUUCCACGAGGUGUCAGUCUACCCAAAGAAAGAACUCCCCUUCUUCAUCCUGUUCACAGCCGGCCUCUGCACGUUCACCGCGCUGCUGGCCCUGCUAACUCACCAGUUUCCUGAACCGAUGGGAGUUAUCGCUAAAGCGUUCCUGUCUUCACUGUCGGCUCCUUUCAGCUUCCUGCUGGAGAAGAUUGAGAGUAUUGUGCCUGCAAGCCUCUGGCAGCAGCUCACACGCCUUUAGCCAAUCAGCUACCAAAGUGCUCGUCAUGUGACUUAACAAACAGCCAAUCAGUUGGUUGGAAGCUGCGUCACAUGGCUCGUUUCUAGUGUCAGGUGAUGAGAUUCAGAGAGGUCCCUCUCACCAGGUUAACACAACUUGUUGUCUUCUAAACAACGUUAAAGUAAAAAACAAAAGUCACCCUAUUGAGGUAUAUUUAUGGUAGUAAUUGUUUGUGUUCUUUGGUCACAAAAUUGGUUCUUGCUGUAAAAACUUUACAGUGAACUGUUCGUAAAAUUGUGGCUAUGGAUUAGAGUUUUUGCUGGAUAGUGUUUAUCCGAGGACAUUUGCUUGGCAAUUUCAUAAAUUCCCAGGUCAAAACGUGGCUUUUUUUCCAAAAUAGAGAAAUCAAAAGAGCACCUUUUGCAACAUGGCAUUUAGGUUUUUAUUUAUUUCAUGUGUUUUUUUAAUGGAACAGACACUGAAAUACAUUUCUGUGGGGAAAAAGGUCUGGUCUUAACAAUUCAACAGUAAGAAAUUCUUGCCCCAUUUUUGUCUGAGAUUUAAUUCAGAAUUUGAAGAUCUUUGAAGUUUUACCAUCACAGCUAUAUGUGCAGCAUGCAUCCAAAAACAUCCACAAGCGUCUAAUUAAUAUUUUGUUUAAGAACCAGCAAAAUGUUCAACAUGUUCCUUUUUCAGUGUAAAGUCAUUUUGGUUCAAUAUCAGAUAUAAUUGGUGCUUUGAUAAUAAUCCUUCCAUUUUCUUCCAAGGAUCUUGUUUUUUUCCUUUCCUGUUGUCGUGUUUUCUGGUCUUUGCCUGCACAACUUCUCAUCAGCCCCACUCACCCUGUAAUCACCAUGGCCAAAACUUAGGUCCUCAUUUGUUUACUGAUCCAAAACAGUACAAAGUUAGAUCACCUCACUUACAAAGUGGGCUUACGUCUCUGGAUACAGUGCUCAACAUGAAUGCUUCCAGUUUUUUGAUUUGGUAAAAACUUCUGUGGUUCCUCUACACCGUUUUGUUUGACCCGACAAUUUACUGGAAUCUUGGCAAAACUCUGCCUCUAUUGUUCUGUUAAAAAAAAGCCCCAGCAUGAAAUGUUGCCAGAGCUUUGUUGACCAAAACAUCUACCGUGGCCCCCCAUGUCCAUUUCUGAGCUUGAUGCCGAUCCCAUCAAUUCCUGAAAUUAAUCCCUUCGUACUGAGCCUAAAUUUGUCAGGUUUGUCACAGAACCAGUUUUCAGACUGAUGUUUUCCUUGUCCAGAAUGGCAAACUUGGCCAUAGUGAAUCGAUCUGUUUGUCAACUGAUGAAAAAAAUGUCGGGGAAUUGUUCGGGCUUUACGUUUUAGAAAGCAUAAAAGCGAUUCACAUUAUUUUCUGUUGCAUUUCUCACAAACAAGAAUUUCUCAUUACAUUAGAACGAAAAUGAUGAAAGUUUAUGUAAUCAGUGUUUGCAUCAGGAAAAGAUGUGUUGAGCGUUAUUCCCAGGUUUAUGCGUAUUUGAAAUUAAACUCGUUUUUCUCCAAGGAACAUGCUACAGGGUAAAGUUACUUCUCUCAUUUUAUGACUUGAUUCGCAAGGAUAACCGUUAGAUUCCCCAGUUCUGGCCUCUUCUCAUUAAUUAGUUUGCCUAGCAAUGAUAUGAAAAUAUCUUAAAUUAAGGCAAUGAGAUGUUGUCAGUUUUAAAAAAAGUUGUUUCAACCUUGCUUGCUGCGGAUGUUAUUACCGAGAAAAUGAAAUAAACGUGUACAGCAAAUGUCAACAA